AUGUCGCUUUUCGGUAAUGUCGGCGCUUCGUCGUCAGCAGGUGCCUCCAACACCACAGGUGACAUCUCCAAGGAUGUCGCCCUGAACCAACCUCCGGAAGAUAGCAUCUCGGACAUUCGAUUCUCCCCGGCCGCUGAACACCUUGCUGUCGCCUCGUGGGACAAGAAGGUGCGCAUUUACGAGAUCAAUGAACAGGGGCAGAGCGAAGGCAAAGCUUUCUUCGAGCACGAAGCUCCUGUAUUGAACUGCUGUUGGUCACCGGAUGGAACGAAAGUCGUCGGCGCCGGCGCAGACAAGGCGGCGCGCAUGCUGGACCUGGCGUCGAAUGCGACGACUCAAGUGGCGGCUCACGAUGCGCCGAUCCGCAGCUGCCACAUGAUUCCCAACCCGCAGGGAAACAGCCCGCUCCUGAUCACGGGAUCGUGGGACAAGACGAUAAAGUACUGGGAUAUCCGGCAACAGACCCCGAUCGCGACGGUGGAGUGCCAGGACCGCGUGUACACGAUGGACGUCAAGAACAAGCUGCUGGUCGUCGGCACGGCGGACCGGUACAUCAACAUCAUCAACCUCGACCAGCCGACCAAGUUCUUCAAGACGAUGCAGUCCCCCCUCAAGUGGCAGACGCGGGUAGUCAGCUGCUUCGCCGACUCCUCGGGUUUCGCCGUGGGCAGUGUCGAGGGCCGCUGUGCCAUCCAGUACGUCGACGAGAAGGACUCGAGCUCCAACUUCAGCUUCAAGUGCCACCGCGAGACCCCGCCCAACCAGCGCGACAUCAGCAACAUCUACUCGGUCAAUGCCAUCUCCUUCCACCCCGUGCAUGGCACCUUCAGCACUGCAGGCAGCGACGGCACCUUCCACUUCUGGGACAAGGAUGCCAAACACCGCCUCAAGGGCUACCCCUCGGUCGGCGGCACCAUCUCCACCACCGCCUUCAACCGCCAGGGCACCAUCUUCGCCUACGCCGUCAGCUACGACUGGAGCAAGGGCUACUCCGCCAACACCCCACAACUCCCCAACAAGGUCAUGUUGCAUCCCGUUGCCCAGGAGGAAGUCAAGCCCAGACCCGGUACUCGCAAGCGGUAA